AUGGCAUUGCCCCAGCACGUUCGUCGAAUAGCCGUCAUCGGGGCUGGCCCGGCCGGUCUUGCUUCGGUGAAGUAUCUACUGGCUGAGAAAUACUUCGACACAAUUGAUGUCUUUGAGCGAAGGAGCUUCACGGGAGGGGUGUGGAACUAUAGUCCAGGCGCCCUGAAAGAGGUUGUCCCCACGCCAGUACCUCAGCUCAGUCCGAAUGCGCCACUGGAGGAGCCGUCCUGGCUUCCUAGAGACGCUUCCAGGGAUACUCAAGAACCUACAUUUAUCUCUCCGGUAUACGAUACUCUAGAUACCAACCUGCCCAAGGAGUUGAUGGCCUUUGGAGAGAAGCAAUUCCCACCCGAAGUGCAAAACUUCCCGAGGCACUCUACCGUGAAGGAUUAUGUGAGGGAGUAUGGAGAAGACAUCAAAGAACACAUUCAAUUCGAGACCCAGGUGUUAGACGUUCAAAAGGAUAGCAGGACAGCGGCCUGGACAGUGACGACAAGAAACCUACGCAAUGGAACAUCAACAAGUGCCUCGUAUGAUGCCGUGGUCGCCGCGAGUGGCCAUUUCGAUGUUCCACACCUACCUGAUAUUCCAGGGAUCGUGAGUUGGAACAAGGCUUAUGCAGGUGUCAUUACACACUCCAAAUUCUAUGACUCGCCAACUCCUUACAAUAACAAGAAGGUUAUUGUUGUCGGAAGCUCCGCCUCUGGGCUUGAUAUUGGAAACCAAAUAAAUGAAGUGUGCAAAGGGAAGGUCCUUGCAUCCCAACGAACAGAGUUGUACCUUUCACCCCCAGAUACCACGGAAAAGGCCUAUUACCCCGAAAUUACUGAGUUCCUUGCGCCAGGCAGUCAUGAGAGAGCCGUCCGGUUUGCAGAUGGGAGGAUCGAGCAGGACAUCGAUGCAAUUGUCUUUUGCACAGGGUUCUUCUAUUCUUUCCCCUUCUUAUCUUCCCUUAAUCCUCCCGUCAUUACGCACGGCCGUAGGGUACAAAACACCUACCAGCACCUUUUCUACAUCCAUGACCCCACCCUUGUUUUCCCUGUCCUGCCUCAGAGGAUCAUUCCUUUCCCGCUAUCUGAGAACCAGGCUGCUGUCUUAUCCCGCGUGUGGUCCGGUCGUCUCAGCCUCCCGUCUACCGCUGAAAUGGAGGAUUGGGAAAGUUCAGCCGUCACUAAGAAAGGCGAUGGCCCAGCUUUCCACCUUAUGCCCUUUCCCCAGGAUGCCGACUACAUGAACAUGCUCUAUGAUUGGGCAUUAACAGCCGAGGCGCGUUCUGGGCUUACUAAUGAUGGCAAGGGCAAACAAUGCAAUCGCUGGGGUGAGAAAGAAAGAUGGAUGCGAGAGAUGGUCCCGGAAAUGCGGAAGGCCUUCUUUAGCAAGGGCGAGGAGCGGCGCUCGAUAAAAACCCUUGAGCAGCUUGGGUAUGAUUUCCGGAGGUGGCGGAAUGAGCAGGAUCACUUUCCAUGA